CACCUCAACAAUUUGACUGCGAACACAAAUGCAGGCUCCAGUUCUUCGAAUUUGGGAAAGCCAAAAGAGACAUUUGAGAGAGAACACACUUCACGACUUGUGGUAGAUGAAGUCUCUGGGAGGAAAGAGCGGCGCAAGCCAAAACCCAUUGCCAAGCGCUUCCAGCCUAUGGGAACUGUAACAGUAGUUCCAUCGUAUGUGCAAUGCUUGAAUAUUGUACUUGAUUAUCAUGGCUACACAGGAAACAUCACCAAAAUAGUGCUCAAUAAUGCAAUUACCAACGUCGCUUACCAGCAGCAUGAUAGCGCUUACAAAUCAAGUCUCAUGAGAAAACCCCUCACUGAAUUUUAUGCAAUUCCAGAGCAUGAAGAGCUAAUUGGCUCGGUGCCAUCGGCUACUGGUCCAACAAAUGCAAUAUCGCUCAUUUCAGGUGUUUUACAACGGAAGAUUCAUAUUAGAGAUAUAUCUUCCAUUCUUAAUUCUGUCAGUCUGAUUGCUUACGUGAAAUCAGGAAGAUUCAACAUACACAACCCAUACGAGCCCCAGUACUACAGAUAUGAGCUUGAUGCCAAAGGAAAAGCAGUGAAUGAGAGCAAGUGUGGCAUGUGUGCAUUUUGCCCAGCAGUCAAGUUUCUCCCUUUCAAAAACUCCAGUUACCUUUCGCACAUGACGUUAGAACAUGGUAUAUUUGCAAGCAACUUUGUUGUCCCCGAGGGACUAUACUACGGCCGGUACCGGAUGAUGAGAUCAACUGACCCAUCAAAGACAAGAACAGUUAAAGCUCUUCAAUGUCCUGCGUGCUUUCAAGUGAUUGAAGUAGCUUGUUGGAAAAACAAGACUAACCCGCUCUUAAGCUACUUUCGUCACUUCAAAAAGCUCCACCUGAACCUCAACAAGACCUUCACCUCUAGCACGAUUGACCCCGUGACAUUAAAACAUCGCGGCGGUAACAUUCCACAAAACGAAACAUUGAUUCCACCUGAUCGCCCAUGAACACUACAUGCGCUCACCGAUUCCGCACAGAUUCUAAAUUCCGAUUGCUUUUUUGACACGUAAUUGCUUUUCAUUGCUCAUCUCAUUUGCCAGUAGAUGUUGCUUUCAGAUAUUUAACAAGAAAAUAAAACAUUUGUUUAUCCUUAAGAUCCCGGUAGUUUUUGUCAAGAGCGGAAUCUUUGCCCGAUCCAAAAAAUAAAAUAAAAGGAAUAGACGUCAAAAUUCUCUG